ACGCUGCGCCUGCUCUCUGCUGCUUCUUUUGGGAAAAUAUUCGGCCAUUUUUCCCCCUCAGGAUCCCUCCGCUCUCAACUUUUUAUUUUUAACUCCCCUUUUUUGUCCUCGCAUCGAGUGUUUUUUGUUUGGUUUUCCGGGGCUGUUCUUCGGAGUCGAUCAGGUGAUGGCCUACCUUGGGACUGCAGUCCGGCGCCUGAUAUCAGCUGUGCGGCCCCCUCUGACUCCGCUAUGUCGGGCAAGUUGUCGUUCGUACAGCACAGAGCACACCAGUGAAAAGAGCGUCCCUUAUGAGAAGACACUGAAACAGGUGGAAGGAUCCUCCUCAGGACCCACUAAGCCGUUACCAAGGUCAGCCGAUGUGGUUGUGAUCGGAGGAGGCAGUCUCGGCUGUCAGACCCUUUACCACCUGGCCAAAAUGGGGUUGACUAAUGUAGUUCUGCUGGAAAGAGACAGGCUGACUGCUGGCACCACCUGGCAUACUGCAGGCCUGCUGUGGCAGCUCCGUCCCAGUGACGUGGAGGUGGAGCUCCUGGCCCACACCAGAAAUGUGAUUAGCAAAGACCUGGAAGAGGAGACAGGCCUCCAUACUGGCUGGAUCCAGAAUGGAGGACUCUUCAUCGCUUCCAACAAGCAGAGACUGGAUGAAUACAAGCGCCUCAUGUCGUUGGGUAAAGUUUAUGGCAUCGAGUCCUACGUUUUGUCACCUGCGGAGACUAAGGAUCUUUAUCCACUGAUGAACGUUGAUGAUCUGUACGGAACGCUGUAUGUUCCCAAAGACGGCACCAUGGAUCCUGCAGGGACCUGUACCACUCUGAGCAGAGCAGCUUCAGCCAGAGGAGCCACGGUGAUCGAGAACUGCCCUGUGACCGGUAUCCAAGUGCGAACAGAUGACCUUGGGGUCAAGAGGGUUAAGGCGGUGGAGACGGCUCAUGGGACCAUUGAGACACCUUGUGUCGUCAACUGUGCAGGUGUGUGGGCAACCAAACUUGGUGAAAUGGCUGGAGUCAAUGUUCCUCUUAUUGCAAUGCAUCACGCUUAUGUAGUGACAGAGAGGAUAGAGGGCAUACAGAACAUGCCAAAUGUUCGGGACCAUGACUCGUCGGUCUACCUGCGUCUCCAAGGUGACGCUCUGUCUGUGGGUGGAUAUGAGCAAAAUCCCAUCUUUUGGGAGGAGGUGUCUGAUAAGUUUGCCUUCAGCCUGUUUGACCUGGACUGGGACGUAUUUAUGCAACAUAUCGAGGGAGCUAUAAAUAGAGUUCCUGUUCUGGAGCAGACCGGCAUCAAGUCAACUGUCUGUGGACCGGAAUCUUUUACUGCCGACCAUAAGCCGCUGAUGGGGGAGGCACCAGAAGUUCGAGGUUUCUUCCUUGGUUGUGGCUUCAACAGUGCCGGUAUGAUGCUGGGAGGUGGUUGUGGCAGAGAGCUUGCUAAGUGGAUCAUACAUGGCCGCCCAGAAAACGACAUGUAUGGAUAUGACAUCAGGCGUUUUCACAGUUCUUUGACAGACAACACACGCUGGAUCAGAGAGAGGAGCCAUGAGUCAUAUGCAAAAAAUUACUCUGUGGUAUUUCCUUUUGAUGAGCCACUGGCCAGCCGUAACAUGAGGAGAGACCCGUUCCACGAGGUGCUGACAGAGCAAGGUUGUGUGUUUCAAGAGCGGCAUGGUUGGGAGAGACCUGGCUGGUUCAACAAAGAAGGGCCGGCUCCUGUUAAAGACUAUGAUUACUAUGGAGCUUACAACAUUAAAAAUAAUGAGAACUACAAAUACAAAGAACUGCUUGGCAAAGAGUACACCUUUGACUUCCCUCCGCAUCAUGAUGUGAUUAAAAGCGAGUGUCUCUCAUGCCGACAUGACGUAGCUGUGUUUAACAUGUCCUACUUUGGGAAGUUCUAUCUCACCGGACCAGACGCCAAGAAAGCAGCUGAUUGGCUCUUCUCAGCUGACGUCAACAAGAAGCCAGGUUCCACUGUGUACACUUGUAUGCUGAAUAAAAGAGGAGGGGCGGAGGCUGACCUGACAGUGAGCAGACUGGAGCCAGGUGCUGCCAAGCUGCCGCUGGCACCAGAAUCCAAUGGGGAUGCCUACUACCUUGCCAUCGGAGGUGGGGUCGCAGAACACAAUUGGAACCACAUCAGAACAGUUAUUCAGGACCAGGGCUUCCAAUGCCAGCUGACAGACCACUCUGAGGACAUGGGGAUGAUCAGCAUCCAGGGACCAAAGAGCCGGGAAGUUUUACAGGAAGUUUUGGACACAGACCUGAGUAACGAAGCCUUUCCCUUCUCUACACAUAAAGUUGUGAAUGCAGCAGGACAUCAGGUUCGAGCGAUGCGUCUCUCAUUUGUAGGUGAGCUUGGCUGGGAACUGCACAUUCCCAAAGACUCCUGUGUUCCCGUCUACCGAGCUGUCAUGGCCGCCGGUGCAAAGCAUGGCAUCAUCAAUUCAGGCUACAGAGCAAUCGACUCUCUUAGCAUAGAAAAAGGGUACAGGCACUGGCAUGCUGACCUUCGGCCUGAUGACACACCUUUGGAGGCGGGGCUUGCCUUUACUUGCAAACUGAAGAGUUCCAUCCCGUUCCAAGGCCGGGAAAUACUGGAAAAGCAGAAAAAAGAUGGACUGAGACGACGCAUAAUCUGCUUCACCAUCGAUGAGAAAGUACCAAUGUUUGGUUUGGAGGCUAUAUUCCGCAAUGGCGUCCCAGUCGGUCACCUACGGCGAGCAGACUAUGCCUUUUUUAUUGACAAAACUCUUGGUUAUGGAUACAUCCGCAACCCUGAUGGAGGAGUGGUGAGUGCCGACUUUGUUAAAACUGGCGAGUUUACUCUCGAAAGAAUGGGAAUGACAUACAAGGCCAAGGCCCACCUCAAAUCUCCAUUCGACCCUGAAAAUAAACGUGUUAAGGGGAUCUACGAGUGACCGGUCAGAGAACGAUAUGCAGCCUGCCACUUUUUUCACAUUCAGUUGCAAUUACAAUAAUGCAUAUAUUUGCCAUUUAAAAUGUUUCUAAAAUGUAUUUCUAUUGUAUUUUUAACAUUAUUCAGUAUAAAAUCAAAGCAGGAAGAAUCUGGCUCCACUGUUUCUAAAAAGGAAAUAAUGUAAGAUUAUCAUAAAAAAUUUCAUCAAGAUCAAGAUUUUUUUUCUCUUAGUCAAACUACUUUUAAGAAUCUGUGUGCAUAUUGGCAUGUAUGACUUUAAAGAUGACCUUCUAACUGCAAUUACCGUAUUUUCUGGACUAUAAAGCGCACUUCACUAUAAGCGGUAAAUUUUUAGGAAAAACUAGAAACGUACAUAUAUAAGCCACACUGGGCCAUAAGCUGCCUUGUUGUAGCAUGUUGUUGUGCUAAAUGAAAAUUAGACCCUUAUUCUUUCAUUUCCAACUUUGACUUCCCCCUCUGGUGGUCAGGAAAAAUCCACAGAAAAGCUGCACCAUAUUUUAAGCUGCAUGGUUCAAGGCUUGGGGAAAAGUAUCGGCUUAUAGUCUGGAAAAUAUGGUAUUUCUCUUUCUGGCAGCUCACUUUGCAUUGAGCCGUUUAGCAGAACUCAUAAUAAUGAUCAUAGAUUUGUUUCAGUAUUGCAAAGUUCUAUGUGAAGCACUGGCAGUGGCUGCCUUUAACCAAAGAUGUCUUUCAAGGGCUCGGAAAAGAGAUUAUCCAUGUUUGUGUGUGUUUUUACUCAAAUUGAAUCCCAUGCUGAUGUUUCCUUAGUAAUGAGGAUUUAUUGUUAUUUGGUUUUUAAAUUAAGAGCAAAGCUGUUUUUGAUUCCCCAUUAAUCGGCUGCAUCAUUAUCACCCACAACUGGAGAUCAGGGCUUCAUCCUGAAAGCUAAAAUAUUCAUAAAGUCUAGCAAACUGACUGGCUGACCCCCUGUCUCUUGCUUCAAAGUGUUAGAUCUGUGCCUUGUGCUCUUUAUCCCCACAAAAUAGCCUCAAGUAGACAUUUUUCUUUCUUUUUUUUUGUUAUUUUAUGAGGCUAAGUCUAAUCAAUCCUUAAUCUUUUUUCUUAACAUUGAUGCAUACUAUUCUAUGGUGGGUAUUUCUGUCUCAUUAGGUUAAAAAUUAUGUGCAGGAGAUGAUUUCAUGUCUUUCCCCAGAUGCAAAACUGCACAAAGUAUAGAAAAUGUGCACUUUUUUAAAACCUUUAGAAAAAAUUCAAACAAAUCAGCUAAAAUCAAAAGUCUUAAGUCGUAUUUAGCUUUAGGACACUUUCCUUUACCUUUUUUAUCUCCCUUUGUCAAAACAUCAUCUGUCAAGGUAUAAUAAAUUAGCGGGAUGGAACUUUACCCAACAAAAUUGCAUUGAUAUGGAGGUAUCAGAGUUUUGAUAUGGCCCUGAUCGUUUUUGGUACAGCUGUGAUGAUGAUAUUUUAAGGUUUUAUUCUGUUUCUGUUGAAAUGUUUGAUUGAUGGAAGGCAGAAACAAAAAUAACCACAUCCCACUAACUAAUCUGUACCUUUAACAGAUUUUAAUGAUACACAGCAGAACUGAGCCAGCUGCUCUACAGUAUGUUAGCUGUAUUCUUUGUUAUAACAUUAGUUUAUUAAACUAAGGCUGUGUCUGAAUGUCUGCCUGUAUAGGGCACUAUAUAGUAGUUAUGCCAUUUUAGACGAGUGUCCCAACAUCUGGUGGAUGAAAAUGUAGUGGCCUUGAAAUUUCCCACAAUGUACCUUGAAAGUAGUGAUCAUCCAUGGUGAUGAGAUGAUUGAGGGGUUUAGGGGUUAGGGUGGAUGUUUGGAAACAUGCCUAAAUGUUAUAAUUUGGAUUUUAAAUCAGUUUUAUAGUUUAGAUUUACGCUUCAGGGGGAGUUUGAGGGUUCCAGGUCAUUUAAGUUCCAGGGAUAAAGGUUAAUGGUAUUGUAAUAAACAACUGCAGUUACACUUAGGUGGUAAAAAAUAAAAAAAUAAAUACAGUAGGUAAAAUAUAUAUUAAGGGAUGCUGCUCUUAAAGAAAGAUCCCUGGUUUUAGUUUUCUUACCUGUUGCCAUUCACUCCAGUGACUAUUGUCAUUUUUAUGUUUCAGUUGAAGUUCUUCAAGCUGUGAUUAUUAGCAUAGUUUAUUUUAAUCAUUUUUAUUUUUGCAUUUUAGCCCCUUUAGGAGCUUAAAUGUUGUUAGAUUAGUAAAAUUAGGUCUAACAUUUUAAAUUACCUCAUAAAUAAGAUGAUUUCUGCCAGAGAAGAAUCAGCAGAAAGAUGCAAAUCUGCCUCAGCCUCACUAAUAAAUAGUGUUGCACUGAUGCCAUUUUUUGGCCCCGGUACCUGGUUGUGCAGUAUUGGCCAAUACCAUCUGUUUUAAAUAGAUGUGUGUGUGUGUGUGUAUAUAUAUCGAGAACUGCAUACUACUUGUAUGUAAAAUAAUUGCUAUCAUGGCUUUGUCAAGCUGCUGCCGACCUUUGUGAAGCAGGAAAAAGACUACCGUAAUACAAAGUGAAAUCCAGUAGAACUUUUUAUUGCCUACCUGGAAUGGGUGAAAUUAGUUGAGCAAACUUUUGGCUCUCAAAAUGUUAUCGAUGCCCUUUUUGUUGGUACUGGCCGAUUCGAUACCAUUUUAGUACUGGAUCGGGGGCCCCGCCCGAUACUGGUUUCGAUAUCGGUGCAAACUACUAAUACCAAUUAACUAGUAAGUGUUUUAAUACUAAUCUUGCCAUUUAUGCCAUAAAUUAUAAAAAAAUUUUUUUUAUUAAAAAUUGACUUAAAUGUAAUACAUUUGUUAACUGGGCCUAUUUUUUUGCUAGUUUUAAAAGCCAGUCAUCCUAUGUAUAGCAUCACUUGUUUACCUGAUUAUCUGACAGAUUUCUAUGUCUGUUUACACUGCAGUCGCCUGAACAGUUAUUGUAAAAAUGGGUUUUAACUUUUAAAAGAAAGGGACAAGGAUGCCACUUACUAAUUCAGCGAUCUAAACACAAUUUUGGAGACUCUGACUUUUCUGAUUACUGUUGCUGCUGUAUUUUGGGCAAGUGUAGGCUAGUUUCUGAUUUUAAUGAUCUUGAUGCCAUUUUCUGACAUAUAAAUAGAGGCGCAGUUUUUUUCUGAUCCAAUACUGAUAACUGGACUAGGCGUAUCAGCUAUCCCUAUAACUUCCCAUGUGAGCUAAGGCUUACCAUAAAUAUUGAUUAAAAAGGUAAAUUAAAAAAAGAUAUAAAUGUAUUUUAUAUUAUUUAUUUACAUUAGCAGGAAAAAAAGAAUUGACAGUUCCAUGUUAAGUGCACUUGUUUGGAUCUCUGAUAUCCGAUCACCGAUAAAUUCAGCUAAUUAAACAUCAGAGCCGAUGUUUGAUUCAGAUAUCACAUUGGUGCAUCUCUGCAGAUGAAGGUAAAUACACAUCUGUCUCACUUAAAUUAAUUGCUUCUUUGUCAUUUCCAUUCUGAAGGGUGGCUAAGAAAAAAACUUUUGUCACACUGGUGUAAUCAUUUAGAUAGCCAAAGACAUAGAUUACAAAUAACAAAUUAUUUUGAAUUUCUUAACAGCCCAAAGGGGAAAACAUAAAUUUAGAUAAAUCAAUAAGUUACAUGUAUUUAAAAAAAUAGUUAGGGUUUUAAUGAACUCAUCUGAAUGGAGAGUCCUAGAAAAGACUUUAACGGAAAAUAAAUUCCUUGUUUAUUUAAUUUUUUUUUUCAAUGCAUCUCUACCAGGGUUUGCAAUAAAUGUAGGAGCUGUAACUUGUAAUAGAGAACUGGAACAUAAAGUGUUCUUUAGUCAUAGAACAAGAGUAUAAGUUAGUUUGAAUUAUUCUUUCUCUGAUGUUUGCCGCUGCAAGUCAAGCACAAAAUGUUUACUAAAGAAUUCAUUAACUCUGUCCAUGAAGCUAAUUAUUUUUAAAAUCAUAGUUCUUAGGACAAACUUAAAAUAAAAACAACAUAUUUUGUGGUUAAAGAACACUACUCUUCAGAGUCUUUAUCAUUACGUGCAGCACGAGCUAACUGACAUAUGAGGAGCAUGGUUUUUUAAGUCUAGAGAAAAGAAUCUCAUGGUGCUGAUUUAAAAUAAUGAAUGUGACAUGCAAAGCAAAAUAAUUGGAACAACUUUUUGGUGUCGAUCUAGAUUUGUUACUUAUGUCUAAGACAAUUUGUUUAUUAUUAAAAGAUUAUUUUAUCU